AUGUUCUUGGCUCUGGACCUCCUCCUUUUGGCUGCCUGUGCCUCUCUCGUGCAUGCAAGUCCAAUUGCCGCCCGAGAUGCCAAUGUUGAAGGAACAUCCCCAGAUCCAUAUGCAUCACCAUCAACAAUCCCCACUCCAGACAGCUAUGCCUCGUCCUCUGCAUCGUUGCCGUUCUCCUACGCGCCAUUGUCGACUUCGAUUGAUGCGGUGACGACACCACCAACGAUUCCUGUUUAUCAGCCAGCCGGUUCCGACUUCACACAACCUUUGACAACAUUAGCCACCACAAAGGAGACGGCAGCAAUCUCGCCUUCUGCAUAUGGGAUGGGGAGUGGAAUUUCCACCGCUCAUCUCACUGCAUCGACUUCUGUUCCGGCUGUUCAAACCUCGUCUACAUCUGUAGAGAAGGAUGCUGUUUCAACAGAUUCCAAACCACCUGUAUACCAAGCUUCCAGCUCGACCCCGGGAUUCUCUUACGACCCAAUAACGACGACUACCACACCGCUGUCUGAGCCCCCAUUGACCUACGUACCGAUAAGCUCUCCAUCUUCAAGCUUUGUCUCCCCGAGCUCUGCAUCUUCCAGGUCUGCAGUACCCACGGUGCCGGCGUAUGGAGUAUCCAGCGCGGCCGCUUCCGACACAAGCCCUCCAACGAACUUACCCAGCCACGCUCCUAUGAGCUCAAUGGUCUCUACUGUACCCCCGUAUGGAUCAUCCGGCAUGGCGUCGUCGUCGUCUGCUAUCUCUGAAGCGGCGACUACAAGCCAGUUCACAACAGCAACAACAGAGGCUUUCACUUUUGCACCCACAACCUCUGCAGCCUCUUCUGCGCCUACGUAUGGAUCUUCCAGCACGGUAGCUCUGUCUUCAAACGCUGCCUCCGAGACGAUGAAUAGCCCGUCCGCCUCUGCAACCAUGCCUUUGCCCAGCUACACGAUCAGCUCUUUGGCAUUAAGCUCCGCCGAACCGUCUUUCACAUUGUCGUCACUGCAAUACAGCAGCUCAAAACCAUCUACCCACAUUCCCUCAGGCUAUAUUGGCUCGACUGAAGUCUCGCCCGUACAAAGCUCCCGGCCAUUCCCAUACAGUAAUUCCAGCUCGACUGUGACAAUUCCACAAUACGUCGGAUCUACCACCUCGAAGCUACCUCAAGUCUCCACGGCGGCUUCUGCAACCUUCAACUAUGAGCCCGUAGAGACUUCGGCGCCGAUUCCGGGACCAUCUUCGGCACCUAGCUACACCCAAACCUCACCUAUCGCCCCGGUAUACUCGAGUGAAGGUCUACCAUCUGCAGCUCCAAACGAGGUCCACAGCACAACCUUUUUGACAAUGUACACGACCGUCUACGGAGGCCAGGGAGACUCUCCCUCUUCUGUACCUUCAUAUGGGUUCGCCUCCUCAGCCCUGGCGUCCUCGGCUGCUUUCGAGACAGAUGCAAUCUCCCAACACCCACCCUCGGUACAAACCCCGGCCACAAAUCCUGCCACUCUCGCGAGUACAUCUCGAUCAAUACCCUCCGCACCAGCAGUCUACGGCCAACUCCCAUCUUCAUCCUCCUUCGAAGCUCCUGCUCCUUCCACCUUGCAUCAGACAAUGACAACCACAACAAGCACGACAACCACCCCUUCAAUUGCGCUGCCAAGCGUCGUUAUUCCUUCCUCACCGAUUGCUUAUUCCACUGCAACGACUUCGACUUCUUCGGAGAAGGCUGGGAUCACGAUCGUGCCGGUUAGUCCAAGCGGUUACUUUGCCCCCAACGGGUAUUCUGCGGACGCGAAAGAGGCGGUAACGGUCACUGUUACGGAGAAGGGCGCAAAAGAGACUGUCACUGUCACUGCGCCUUGUAAUUACUGA